AUUCGUGAUUGUUUAUUGUUCAAAUAUAUUUUGAAAAAUAUUUUUAAGUGUAUAUAGUUCCAGAUGCGUUAGUGAUAUUACUUAUCUCAAAACAUUUAUUGCAAGAAACAAAAAUAAUGGCGCGGUGUCAUCUGUCAGCUUCAUUCAUCCAUUGUAGUUCAGAAAAAAUGUGACUUGUGCGCUUUGUUACUCUGUUUUUAUUUCUCGGGUGCUAGGUGAACAUUUAAUACAACCGUUAUAUGAUGGUUGUAGUUAGUUUUACACGAAAUGCAUGAUUCAACUUUGCAUAAUAAACGGGUACUCGUAGUACAUACAUGAAAGCAUCGUUUAUUUAGGCCUAUGAGAAUUCCUCGACAAAGAAGUCGAGCGGCGUCAGAGAGCAACCUUGGUUGUUUAUGUGUAGUGUCAGUGUGAUCGUCGAGUGAAAAGAGGGUUAUAAGGGCUGACAACAAUGUCGGGGCGGGUACGGAACAAGUCGGACUGUCCCGUGGGGAAGCAGGGUCCGAUGCGGGCCACAUUGCCGGUCUCGUCGGUGAUGAAGGGCGGAGGGCUGAAGAAGAGCACCGGCAACAGCCCGACGUUGUCGCCCACGAACGUGUGGCGGCGGAUAUCGCCGGAUCACGCCCUCUCGGGCCAGCGCAGUCCUGGGGCGGUUAACUAUAAAGGUAAAGGGAGGUUUGGUGCGAGUGUGAUCAGACGCACAGCUUCAUUGGAUACACUAUACCACAAAGGCCAGUGGUCACGGGACUACUAUCUACACGCAGGACAGCUACAAGUCGACAAAUCUACUCAAACUGAUGAAGGCGGCGGAGCGUCAGGACGGUCUUCGAGAGGGUCCGAAGACGACAAACUGGACAGAUUUCUUCGCAGCCGUCUGCAGCGGCCGCACAAACCUGCUACCUCAGACUCGGCGCACUCCAUGAGCCCGGGAUUUUGGUCACGUUUCGGUAGCGGCAGCGUGCCGCUAAGGGCGGCGCGAUCGUCCGUGGAAGGUCUCAAUCAGGAGAUCGAGCGACUGGUCCUAUACCCGGCCAGUGGCACCCAGACGCCGCAUCUCGACCGGCUAAAAGACAAGGUGACGCCCGAAGGCCAUCGCGCUCCGCUAGCCGAGCUCCUCAGACGCUCCGUCAACACCCAAACACCCCACGACCUUUGCCAUACUGCUCACUCAUCAGGCGGCAGUGUAUGUUCGUCUCCAGACCUGGACGGGGGCAAGCUCGGCACAUCUCCUCAGAUAAACCGCUUCCUCGCCCGCGAACCGCCAGAUGGUUGUGAAAAGGUGAACAUGAAGGGAUGCGAGAGCUCGUACCCGGAGCCGAUGGCGAUGCCGGUGGUGGGGCCGGCCGUGCCCGGGUUCACGCUGCGGCCGUCGCUGGGCUCCGCCUUCCAGCCGCUGCACAGCGCCGCCUCCCCGUCCCCCACCCACACCACCUCCCCCUCCCCCUCGCCCGCGCGCGGUGACCACUGACUACCUCCUUGAGCCCCAGCCCCCCGGCGGUGCGAUUACAUUGGGCCGUUGGCCGACGGUCGCCGAAUCGAAGUGUAAAGUUGAUGCGGACGACCAGGGGUCGACGCGGUGUGAUUGCGCCGGUAGAUAUCGAAUACCUACGAGAGACGUGCCGUGAAACCUUCGGUGGUUUGACAUGUCUAUCGAAACAUUUGAUUACGUGGGUACCUAUCUUUUGGCGUUGAUUUAUUUUUCUUUAUAUAAGGGCGAGUAUGUUGUUGUAUUUUGAAAGGUUAAUAGGCUGAGAUCUGCGAGCUGAUAUCCUGUGUUUUCGUUAUAACUUAUCAGUGCUCCGCGCUUUCUUACUUUAUGUUACGUUUUAAUGAAUUCCGACUUGAUACCGAUUUUUUUUUCCCCAUAUAACGAGUAAUAAAAUUGGACGUUUCGUAAACUUUAAAAUCUGUAAUUACGACAUAAUAACAAAAACUAAUACAAUGGUCAGUUAUUUGAAAUAUUUUAUACAUAGUAUACACUAUACAGGAUGGAUUUUCUUAUUGGGUCAGUGAGGGCAGCUACCAGACCCCGUGCUGCUACGCGAAAAUGUCUUAGAUGAUCUUCCCUAAAUUUCAAAUUAAUGAAGAUUGACGUUUACAGAUAUUGAAAAAAUAUCACCCUGUAUGUGUAAAAAUAAAAAUUCGGCUAGAAAAGCCACAAAUCGAGGAAAAAGAUACACUUUUUCUCCAUAGUAAAUGUAGGGAAAAAAUAUUCUUUAAUUUGUGGCUGUUUAGUACAUUACCGUAAGUUGACCCCUAGGAAGCUAUUGAUACUGGAUAGGAAUGGAAUCGACUGGCAUAAAAAAAUAGCAUGUGAAAUAUAAGUUUUAAUUUUCAUACAAAUUGCAUGAGAAAAGUUUUCCUCGAUUGGUGGCUUUUCUAGCCGAAUUUUUUUUUUUGGUCCCAUACAAGCUUUUGAUCCUGGAUAGGAAUGGGAUCGAUUGGCAUAAAAAAAAAGUUUGUCAAAGAUGACUUUUUCCUCGCACCUUGUAUGUUCUUUCCAAAAUCUAUAAACGCCAAUCUUCAUUAAUUUGAAAUCGAGGGAAGGUCUUCUAAGACCGUUUUCGCGUAGCAGCACGGGAUCUGGUAGCUGCCCUCACUGACCCAAUAAGAAAAUCUACCCUGUACAUAUGUAUAGACGCAUCAAACCAUAUCACUUGUAUUGUGAUACCUGUAUCCAUCUUCCUGUUAAAAACAAGGAAACACCAGGCAACAAGCAUACAUAAUUCUUCUCAUUGUGGAUUGCAUAUUCCUUUGGGUUACAUCGCUAUCUAAUUCUCAUAUUUCCUGAUCAUCCACAGAUCAUUUUGGUUUUGAAUGGUGACUACUGACUCUUGCUAGUUAAUUUAAAAAGUUUUUCUAUCACAUAACUUAUUUUAAAUUAUGUAGUAGCUACAACACAUGUAAAAACAGCAAGUUUUUAUUGAUUAUUUUUUUAGACCGACAGCCAUAUGUAAUUUAAAUGCACUGCUACGGAAAGUAAAGGUUUGGAACAUAAAGGUCGCUACAUACGCAAUUUGAUCUGUUAUAUACAGCUACCUCAACAGUCACAAACCAUUACAGUCCACGACUGUUUAUCGAAAUUGAUGCAUAAAUUGGGGGUAAGAUAAUAUAGAACUUCAACACUAGAGCUGUACUCGGCCUGCAGGUCUCUGUAUAAAACUCUGCUUCGAUUACUCGAAAAAUGUUGUUAACAAGUUUUUUUUUUUUUUUCACUUAUACAUCGAUACAUUGUUAAUAUUGCUAGGGUUACGUGCUGAAUUUGCAUCUGUACGCUCGUCUUAACGAGUUUUUAACCUGACCAUGUUUAGAUAUAGUGUUGUGUCAUUUUUGUUCACAUCUCUAGAGUAUAUUAACCAUAGGUAUAUAGGUCUUUUGUAUGAAUUUGACAGUUUUGAAUGAUAAAUCUUUUUCUGACUGUUUGGAUAGUAGCUUGCAAAACGAAAUCUACUCUCAUAAACAGUUGCUUAGUAAGAAACAAUAAAUGCGUUGUUUAUCGUCUUAUUGUACAACAUUUCAUUGUAAGGAGUAAAACAUUUACCUAGUUUAGGCAUAAACCUAGCUCUACAGGUUUUCUUUUGUCUAUCAGUCGACGAGUAGGAGACGAUUUACAUCAUUUGUAGUCAAAUCUGUCGUGACAAUAACAAGUUACUGUAAAUGUAAAAAUGACUUUACAUUUGUACCUAGGUAUACUUUUUUUACACAAAUUGCUUUAUUUUGAUUUCGCUAUGUCGCAUUAAUCACUCGUACCAACCAAAGCAUUUACAAAACAAAUGUAUAUAUUUUUAACAUUUUUUUAUAUAAUAAUUUUUACAUGAUUAUAAAAAGGAGAACUUUCGUAAAGUUACAGAGGACUGAGUUAUUGUGUUAAUUUUAUAUAUUUUCACUUUUAAUUGCGAAGAAACUAGUGAGACAAAUCAUGUUACAUGUCUAGUCGAAGCUUGUAUUUGACUAGUGAUGACCAAAAUGGCUUUGAUACUGUUCGUUUUAGUUUACGUACAAGAAGAAAUAAAAUCCUGCCAGUGCUAUGACAUAAACACUGACUGUUUCUCACUAGGUUUUCGUGCAACAUUUCAUAAACUUGUGUCCCUGUACUCGGUAUAAUUUUGUUAGACUGUUUGUUAUAAUGUUUUACUUUAAUUUGUUCAUAUCAUGAUCCGUCAGCUAAUACUGAAAACAACUGUAGAUAUUUGAUCUCAUAUUAUGUAUUAUUGAGAACUAUGAACAUAAACUUGAUUGUAUAUUGCAAGCGUAGUGUUUGAAAGUGUUAUAGGGUUAUAAGUUACAAUUUCUCUAAGUUAUUUUCUUUUAUCGUUUGAAUUGAAAAUUGUAAGGAGAAUAAGUCGGACCAAGGUUGAGGAUAUUGGUCGCGGUGAACGAAGCCAGAUCGAUUUUCUAAAGCAGAGCUUUAAGUAGCGGGAUUCAUACAGAUGUAAGAGAAUAGACUGACUUUAAACUCGUACUUUGAUACAGGUAUCUUGACAGUUUUGUUGUAUCUUCCUAGCGUGUAACACUGCGAAGUGCCUCUUCAUCGUCUAUAGAUAUUUAGUUCAGUUUAUGGUUUUUGACCCGAGCGCGUCGCGCGGCGUGUCUCGGUGUCCGGGCAGUCACUGUAUCUGUAUCGGGUACGUCAGGUACACGCGGUAAGUUCGUGUAUCAUGCGGAUAGAAGAUGGACCACGCCAGGUAGAUCUCUCGUUUGGCCAAAAUGCGUUAUCAGCGAGACUGAUAUGAUAAUGUAGAGUCGACGACUACACGUAAACAUAGUGAGACAUGCUUCUCGACGUACGCAAUUAUUUUUGAACAUUUUGUAAAUUUCGACGGCGAAUAUAUAUUUUUUACGGCUCUCCUUUGGAAUAAAGAGUAUUUUAAUCUUGUCAUUGCUCAAAUCAAAUUUUUUAUUAGGAGCCAUAAUGCCGAAUUUGAAAUUGUAAACGAUGUGAUGUAAUAUUCCAAGUUGCUGAUGUACAUAUAGUAGGUACCUAUUGAUUAUUCAGUUAAUGAAUGUGAUAAUGUAAGAAUCGUUCUAAUAUGAAUGUUGAUAGCUUGACGAAGAGUGGCUGCGCGGAGCGCCCGGCUCAUAGUGGCGCGUCAAGGAGUUAGGUAUUAAGAAGGUGCUGACUUGUUAGUUUGGUUCAUAGUGUAACGGCGUAGAGUAACAGACUUGUGACUGAGAGCAGGGUUUAAACUACUUAUCCAUGUUUAUUGGAUGCGACUUGAGAACGACUGAAUGGAUGUGACCAAACAACAAUGAAACUGUAGAAUGGAGCGCGUAUUGAAUCUUUAACUAAUGUACGAAUUUAUUGUUUUCAUCUCAUUAGUCAUUAUAAUUCUCAUCGCGUUUCGUUUUAUAACGAGCUGCAGCAACUUAUACUCGUAGAUUAUCAUAUUAUCUAGUGGAUAAAUAUGUGAUUGUCGUCUUUAACUGCUGCUUUACAAAACAUGAGACAUGAACAUGGAAGUAAAAAACCGAGCCAGUAUUUAAAAUCCGGAAUUUCUGUGUAAUAUUUUCCGUAAUGUUGAAGAUAUUCUAGCAAAAAGUAUAUAAAUAUUGAUUUUAUACAUUCGUCUUGAAACAUUCAAUGUAAUACAGAUACUGUAUAUUGAGUUGCAGUUUGUUGAUCGCUAACGUUUCGGCGUGAUAGUACCCGCUUCGUGGUCUUAUUUACAUUGCUUCCUGUCAGCUUCCGUGAUGCUUCUAGACUCCCUCACUAAUUCCAAAAUAAUCUUAAAUGCUUUACAUACAAUACUAAUACUUAGACUUAUGUCACAGGUCCAGGUUGUAAUUUAGGAUAUGUGUAAGCCUCUCCCAGUGUCGUUACCUAAGGUUAAGUAACCCGAAGAAUAUUAGCCGUUCAAGUGUGCUAUACAAAUAGUCCCUUACAGACAAGUUGUACCAUGAAUAAGUGUGGAAAGGGCUUUUCGGACUAAGCCUGCUUACAGAAUAAGUCACACCCGUCCUGAGCCCUGUUAUAAAGCUAGCAAUUACAAUAAUUAUUACAGAUUUAAAAUGCAAUACACUGCCACGCUUGAUGCGCGACGAGAUAACUUUCGACAAGAAUUGUGGUUUAGACUAGUAAAAUUGUAACUUCUAGCUCAUAAAAUAGGGUGCAGGGCUCGCCUAAUUGCUGUAAGUUAUCUUCGUCCCCGAAGUGAAAUGUUUUUAAAAGUACAUAAAGAUAUUUUUGUAUAUUUUGGGUAGGACUUGCGAGAAGGAGUACCAUAAAAGUAACUUGGCUAGGUCUUUAGAUUUGAUAGUUAUUUUAUAGAUGGUUAAUAUUAUUUUAAAGUUUGCUUUUAGAUGAAGGAUAGGUUUAUAAUUUUUAUGACUAUGAUAUUAAAUACUAACAUUUAAAUAAACUAAACCAAAAGUGCCCAUUGAGAUAAGUUUACAAUUCAAACAAGCCUUUUGUUUAGCAUUUUGUUAAAAAUAAUGUUUAGGCGACAAAAUUAGACUAUAAGAAAAUUAUCGGAGGAUUGUUGAGUUUUAGUUAUCUAAAAUUGUUGAGGUUUAUUGAUAAAAAAAAAUCAUUUAGUUUUUUUACAUGCAGUGCUCAACAAAAGGCUUGAUUUUUUAGAGGCAUUAAUUAACAUCAUUAAUAAUAGUGUCUACAUUAAGUAAUCAUAAGAAUGGUUUUAUUAUAGUUUUGUUUCAGAGAAGAAAUUCUAAUUACUAUUUUGUUUCCAAUAUUUUAUCACUUUACCUGUUUUCACUGUAAUGUAUCUUGCUGUAUUGCAGACAUAUCCAAUAUACAGACUGAUUUAACUGCA